CAGAGAUCUGGUGGGAUCUAAGUCUUACCCCCGCCUACACCGUCUCUGGGCAUGCCUUCCUGUCUGGUGCCAAAAUGCUGAGCAGAAAGGUACCCGGGGCGGCGGGCAUCGACCGCGCCAGGGUCGCGGAGAGGCUGCGGGCAGCGUUGGCCGGGCUGGAAGAGAUGCGCUUUCUGAGAGCCAAGCAGAGCGACAUGGUCCUCUGGGCACUCCGGAUGGACCAGGACCGUCCGCUCAGCCCUCCCCACGGAAUCACGGGUGAUGCGGACGCGACCGGUGAAGACCAGCGACUGGAGGCAACCCUUAGUUCGCUGAAACAAAAACUGACAUGUCUGCGCAGGCAGGACGUCGGACUGAAGACACACCUGCAGCAGCUAGACACGCAGCUCGGUGAGCUCCAACUGAGCAUGUGCAGAGCGUCUGCUGAGCACCUGGACAGUGACAGCAGACCCAGCUCAGGUUUCUACGAGCUCAGCGAUGGCGGCUUGGGUUCCCUGUCCAACUCUUGCACGUCCGUCUACAGCGAGCCGUCCUCGUCUCAGGCCAGCCCACUACCGCCCCCCUCAGGCUGCGGUGCUCCCGCGCAGGCCCAGCCGUGCCGCCGGCGUUCCACGGAUGACUCCACGGGACAGCCGGACGUGAUACGGGGGAUGGGCGUGCGACUGGGAAGCAGCGGGAUCCGCACGACCUCCGUCAGCUCGGAGAGGACGAGGAUGAGGCCCGUCUCCACAGGUGAUCUUGACCGAGUGAUGCCCCCUGGUUUAGGCUGCUGUAAACCCACUGAGGUGAAGACCUCGGCUCUGGGCUCUGUCCUCUGCAACCGUACCGUGGACCCCAAGUACCAGAGCAGUCUGAGGUCUCGCAGUGGUAACGAAGUGUAUCGCUACCCGAGCCCCCUGCAUGCUGUGGCCCUCCAGAGCCCAAUUUUCAUGCUCAGUGGAGAUCAGGGACCAUUCGUAGCAUCCGAAGCCCAGGAGAGGUACACUGAAACAGGCCCUGCUAGGGACGCUCCCCUUAAGGAGGAACAGCCCGGCCCCAGACCUGCAGGCCAUGUCGUCAAACUACUCCAGCGAAGCUCCAGUAAGAUGGAUCUCCAGGGCGGAACAGGUGCAGAGAAAGGUCGUGCUCUCUUGGGUGACCCCCAGAUUUGUUCCCUGGCUGGGGCCAAAGCUUCAGAUGUGAUCUGUGAGCUUCCGCCUACUGAUGAAAUGCUAAAUGUCUCACAGCAGGACUCAGUGUCCAAUGAGAGUCCAGGAGGCAAAUCGCCACCAAGACACAGCAGCCAAGAGCAAGUGAAUCCAGCUAACGUUUACUCCGAAGAAUCCAGCCAGUCAGGACAUGUCCAAGGUCGGACAGGUGCAGGUGAUCGCAAGCAAUCUGCAGUGGUUUCUCUAGGCAGAGGUCGAGAGAGAACCGAGGGUGAAGGCGUUCACUUUGACCAUGGGAGCAAAGACGCUUUUAAGGGCAUAUCAGCGGCCCCAAAGUCCCUGGAGAAGAGACGCAGCUUCAUCUCUGGACACCAGGAGCCUGGAGCUGGACCUGGAGCUGGACCUGGAGCUGGACCUGGAGCUGGAGCAGUUGCUUAUUCCCAAGGCCAUGCAGUGCAGCCCGAGUUUGUCCUUGCCCAGUUUGUGCCUGCGGGGACACAGAUAAUGAAAGUGCGCCAGGCAGACAAGAAGACGAAGGCGGUGAAACUGAAGAAGAGGAGUAACGAGAAACCUCUGGCCAGGAAGCACCUGCAAAAGGUUUCCUCUCAGGAACAAGACGUGGAGACGGGGUGGGGCACUAAAACUUGGGGAGAGAAGGAAGUGCAGCAGCCUAUGUGCAGCGCGAGAGAGAGGGAAGAACGUCGCCUGGGGGAGGCCCGUCCAUCCUGCUCGGACGUCAGAGUUUCAAGACAUGGAAAUCCCUGCAGCUGUCAGCAUCACCAUCACCCCCAGCAACAGCCAACACAAUGCCCAAGACCCAGCAAGUCCCGCAAGGCCCCGUUCCCAGACCAGGAGAUCCCAUCUCUUCCCCAAACCAGAAAGAAGCAGAGCUCUCGGAAGUGGCCCUCUGCUUCUGAGAUCCAGCUCCUCCCAGCGAUCCCAACCUACUGCCGGAAGUCCAGGGAGGUCCCUGCCCACCGUGCCGUGCCCAAACCGGGCAUGGUGCAGGGCGAGAGUGGAAGGCCACACUCGGGUCACUGGACUGGACCUACUCAGCCUCUCCUGCGUUCUUUGACAUCUCCUUUUUACUUUAGUGAUGUGCCUUUCGGGUACCCAUCAGCUGCCAAACUGCAACACUGCCCAUCCCGGUGCCCGCCGCGGUGUGAGUCAGAGUAUUCGGCGGAGUGCGCCUCACUCUUCCACUCCACCGUGGCGGGCAGCAGUGAGGGUGAGAUGAGUGAUUACACCGCCAACCGCUUCGGAGACAGCGAGUCCAGUGGCGACUCCCGGAGUGCCUCUGUCUCCGACAGCAGCCUGUCACUGGAUGAGCACGAUCCAUUGGAGGGAGAGGAGGAUGAAGGAGGCCUGGUGUGGGCUAAGGCCACAGUGGGCCCUGUGGCUGCAGGGCCCUGCCCUCACUCGGAGCCCCGCCUCCAUCCGGAGCCCCGCCCCGAGUCGUCGGCCUGCCGCAUCAAAGCCUCGCGAGCACUAAAGAAAAAGAUUCGACGCUUUCAGCCUGCUUCGCUCAAGGUCAUGACCCUGGUGUAGCAGACCUCCAGCAGUGAUCCUGCCAAUCACACCAGUGACCCCACCUCUCAUAGCAGUGAUCCCGCCAAUCACAUCAGUGACCCCGCCCCUUGCAGCUGUGACUCCGCCUGAGAUAAGUCUCAAGUCUUUUCUUUGGUUUGUACGCCUCACCUGGCGCGACCCACAUGCCUGACCACCAAAAGACUUCUUUAAUUAGUUUAAUCACCUACCGGUUUAAUUACUUACUGACUGCACGCAUGGAGGCAACAGAAAGUAAGCGAUUUAUUUUUUCAGGUGAAUGUUCUCUGUAAAUAUUUUUGAUGUUGUAUAUCUUUCCUUCCUGCACAUUCAAAAUUACAAAAGUAUUCCUUAAAAUUUGUCUUUUGUGCAGUUCUUUUACAUUUUAAUUUACCUUGUUCUU